AUGGGUAAACAAGACCCCUACUGUGCUGCUCGGUUAGGGAAAGAAGCCAAAAAGACCAAGACCGACAAGCGCGGAGGACAGACGCCGCGGUGGGACCAGGAACUCCGUUUCACCGUCCACGACUCGCCCGACUACCACCGCCUAAAGAUCUCCGUAUUCAACGACGAUAAGAAGACGGAAUUGAUCGGCGAGACCUGGGCCAACCUGGACGCCGUCAUCACACCCGGCGGCGGACAGAGCGACGACUGGCACCCGCUCAAUUGCAAGGGCAAAUACGCUGGCGAGAUUCGAAUCGAGCUGACAUUCUACGACACCCGCCCUAAGGCAGAGAAGCCGGUGGUCGAAAAGAGGAGGGAAUCUACGCGUCCCGAGGGUCAGAGUCCAGCAGUUGGCGGACCACGAGAGAGCAUGCCCGUCAAGCGAAGACCGCUUCCUUCCGACCCCACAGGCGCGACACCAUCGCCAUCGAACACACCGGAACAGCGCGGACUGCGGGGAUUGAGGGCGGGUCCUCGCGAGCUGGGCUCUCCACGCCAUGCGCAGCCGCAAGAGCGCACCCCAGUACAGCAGCGCAGCAGCCAGCAACCGGACACGCCGUCUCGCAGGCCACUGCCCGAUGCAUCGCCGCUCAGCGGCAGUCCGGCGUCGAACAAUACCCCCCAGCGCCAGCAGGUGCCUCAGGCGCAGGAUCCAUACACGCCGCCAAACCCGCGGCCGUCACUCACCAACGUCACUCAGCAAAAUGGCCAGAGCUACGACUUGUCGUAUGCUGCGCCAAAGCCUUACGAGGUGCAAGCCGCCAAUGCCGUGCCCUCGCACGUCAGGGACAAUGCGCACAACAGGACCAUGUCGCAAGACAACUACCAGUCCUCGCGACCGCAAUCUCAGUUCUACCCUCCCGAGCCGGCCCACUCGCACUCGGCACCAGUAGUUCCGACGCAGCACACGUUCGAGCCCGAGCCGCGCCAGGACCAGUACCAACAGUUCAAGGACCCUCAAUACCAGCAGUCACCAUACUCGCACGAGCAGUACCAGGACCCCCAAUACCAGGUGGCGCCGCUUAGGCCAAGUAGGAGCCAUGAUCGCAGCCCAGCCCAGCUGUCACCUCUCGAGCAGUACCACUCUGACACCUAUGGUAAUCUGCCUUCUCCGUAUGACGAGAACGCAUCGCAUCGCAGGCGAAGUGCCAUGCAACCCAUGGUGGAAGACGAAGACGACAUGCCGCCUCCUCCACCGACACAUAGGAAGAAUGCGAGCACCCUGCCUCAUCCAAGCCAAGAGAACCUUCGCAGUUACCAGGAUGAGAGCCCGGCGCCAUUGAAUAUGACACGGUAUCGCGAGGAGCCUCAGCAAGCAGCGUACAGUCCACCAGACCCAUAUUCGUUCGAAGAACAAGUCCGUCAGCAGCCUGCGGAACGUCGUAUGACGUAUCCUCGUGGAGCCGUGCAGCAGCAGGCACACCGGCCAGUAUCGCGCGGCGAUGCCAUAGCCCCAUCCCCUCUACGACAAGAGACAUCAGCUUUGCCUUCGAGCCUGAUCGCCGGACGCGACCCUUCGCGUGAUAUGGUGGCAUACGAGGCUCCGCCACCAUCUUACGAGCCCCAGCCUCGUCUUCGACAGUAUUCUGAGCCUGCGGAAUAUCGAUCGGCAGCUCAGUAUGAGGCACCAGCUUUUUCGCAGGAAUUGGUCCAUCGGUCCUCCCUGCCUCCGUACGACUCACCCUACUACCCUCAUGAUCCGCCCGAGCAGCCACGUCGCAGGUCUCCGGUGCAUGAUUUUCCCGUUGUCAAGCCCCAUGACCGUACGUCGCGCGGUCCUGCACGAAGCAUGCCUACACGAAAAUCGGUUUCGCCCCGCCCACCACCCAUGGAAAACUCUGGUGAGCGUCGCCUUUCCGGAAUCGCUUUCAACCCAGACAGCUUCGACGUCUACAACCCGAGAAUGUCCAAGUCGCCAAUUCCCUCUGACGAUGAAGAGCGCCCUGGCAGCAGGAUGGAAUACAACGACAAGGGCCAGAUCGUCACGUUUAGUGGACGUGUCGUUGACGCUUCGGACCACUUGCCGAUCGACAACUGGGCGCCUGAGCCCACACCAAAAGGCACUGUCAAAGAGAAGCCGGCCCGCACGCGAGCACAGCUGAAUGGCUCUAGAGACAUUGAGGCAGCCAGGCAGCGCGAGGAGAAGUAUCGUCGGGAUCGCGAGGCCAGGGACCGCAUCCGUCACGCCACAAGCCAGACCUUUGGUGAUUCCGAUGAGCCCAGUAACGCUCUGGUUACCACCAGGCACGAUUUCAACGACCGGUACGCCAACGCCGGCGCACUCGUUCUAGCAGACCAAUCUGCUACCCGAUCCCGUGCCAAUGACCGCGAUGGCUAUCAGCGACGCAGCCCACGCCCCUCAUACGACGGGCAUGACUCGGGCUCCUAUUCCGCACGUCCCGAACCGCACGUCCUCCGCGAGCGCCAUAACCCUAACAGCUACAGCUCAAGCCCAAGCUACGGAAACGAAGCUCCCAGAUAUUCUGGCGCACCGCCGAUUCCAGCCAAAAUCCCUCUCGGACAUGGUGCAAACAUUCAAAACGAAGACAUGGCUUUGAGCCUCGAACUGCAGAGCAUCGACAUUGGGCCUGGCAGUGGAGGACGCCGUGGCCGAACUCAGCCUAGGAGGCAAUACGGCUAUUAG